GCAACUGAGCGUGAUCUCACGGGCCUGUUGUGUCUGACGAGAGUCGCUGCAUGGGGGGGCUUUGCUUUAUGUCAUCAGGAACGGAGCGAGAGGUGCGUCUACGCCGCUGUUUCUCACGCUUCUGCGGCGUCUUCCAGACGUUUCUUUCCAAAUACACUCGUUUAACGACCUCGCACGAGCGCGGGAUUCUGACGGGGUCCUGAGGAUGAUGAUGCGGCGGUGUUGUUGUGCUCGCGUGCAGCUGAGGAGACAGAUGGACAGUAGCACCGUCGAUGAAAACGGCUCCAUACCUCUCUAACUGGUUGUCUUGCCGCACUAGCCGUUAAACUCCCGCAGUCGAGAGCUUCUUGGAGAUGGAUAUGUGGACGUCGAGCGGCAGCAGGGCCUCCGGAUGGCGAACAAACCGCGAGGAUUUGUAGCCUGCUAGCUAACGAUAGACAGAGAAGAAGAGCGCAGUCACCGUGUGAGGGGGAUGAUGAGGAGCGAGCUUCAGCCCUGAGCUUUCACCAGGAGGAAGAUCAGGCACAGAUCCGGUUCUCUGAUGAGCUCGUGUCGCUCUCCGGAGCUGCUGGACCUCUAGCCGUGACUGUUCACUGAUUGAGACACUAGCUCGGUUCUUCUCGCGUCUGUCUGUCACAGUCAGCGGAGAUGGAUAAACUCACCAUCAUUUCAGGAUGUCUCUUUCUGGCUGCGGAUAUCUUCGCCAUAGCGAGCAUAGCCAACCCAGACUGGAUCAACACUGGCGAGUCAGCAGGAGCUCUUACUGUGGGGCUGGUUCGUCAGUGUCAGACCAUUCACGGACGCGAUCGAACCUGCAUCCCCCCUCGACUCCCUCCAGAGUGGGUCACCACGCUCUUCUUUAUCAUCAUGGGCAUCAUCUCCCUCACGGUCACCUGCGGCCUGCUGGUGGCCUCGCACUGGCGCCGAGAAGCCACGAAGUAUGCCAGGUGGAUCGCCUUCACAGGAAUGAUCUUGUUUUGUAUGGCCGCCCUCAUCUUCCCAAUAGGAUUCUACAUCAACGAAGUAGGGGGACAACCGUACAAAUUACCCAACAACACCGUGGUGGGCUCCUCUUAUGUACUGUUCGUGCUCUCCAUCUUCUUCACAAUAGUGGGGCUCCUGUUUGCGGGAAAAGUCUGUCUUCCUGGCUGAGGGGACGCUCCCAGGAGGGACAGCUGCGGUGUUCAAAGUUGAGACCGAGAGAAGCAGCACUCAUUGAGAAGGGCCAAUGACAGGGGGCGGUGGUUUAUGGUAAUAACUCAUUAAACUGCGAAACUAAACAGACGAUUACUGC